AUGCCAACCAUCCCCGAGUCAAGCUACCAAGCUCUCCAGCCGUCUGGUCCGAGUACUCCGAGUUCCUCGAAAGCGCCUGGGCUGUCCAGACACAUAUCUCAUGCCUUGGCAUGUAAUGACUGUCAGCGCAGGAAGCGCAAGUGCGAUCGCAAGCGACCGGCCUGCGACAGCUGCACCAAGCGAGGGAAGAAUUGCUCGUACGAUAUCAAGAUUACCGACAAAACGCAUCCAAACUAUCUCCGUGAUCUCCUGGAUGAGGUCAAAACGCAGACGGAUCGCGUUCAGCUACUGGAGCGAAUCAUUGAGCAGCGAUUGCCUGAUCUAGCGGGGAUCAAGGCGCGUCCGAAUGCUUCGCUCGGCACACUCAUCCAGCCCAAUCUUGUGCCCCCUCCUCCGCUCUAUCCAGCUCGCCUUUCGCCCGACUUUAUCGCUUCGGUCCUCAGCCGGAUUCAGGCGGUCAAGACCGACACCGCUCCGACCCUGCUCACCAUCACCGGCUCCAGACUGGGCAUUCAGCCCUCUUAUGACCACACACGAGCGGCUCAAAGCACCCACUGCGCGGCAUGGCCUCCGUUGAUGCUUGCUCAACAGCUAGUGAAGGAAUAUUGCCAUCAUGAGAUUGUGUAUCCCGCACUGUCUCUCGCCGACCUGUUGAAAGAUCUGGAGGAUAUCUAUCCCUCAUCGUCAUCUCCGCAAGCGAAAUCGUCCUCUUCGACGGCGCUGAAGACAUGUCGCCUAUUUCUCGUGUUCUCGAUCGGCGGUCUCUGGCUCGAGCGGACAGGUAAUGGCGGACGGAUCGACACUUCUCCGCUAAGGAAUACCGCUCUCAAGCAUCUUCCAGAGGCAUUGACUGAGGAUGGUGUUGACGUGGUGUCGGUCAUGCUCCUGCUUGCGCUAUCCUCUCUGCACGACUGGUCCAGCCUCGAUGUCUUUGCCGUCGUGCCCAUCCUGGUCGACACCACCCUUGCAGUCGGCCUCAACCUGUCUGCACACGCUGAGACCGAUGUGGAGGCGUCUGAACAGCGAAGGCGCCUGUUUUGGUGUGUCUAUAGCCUGGAACGACUGCUCGGGAUCUGCUUCUCUCGACCCUGCCUUCUGGUAGAUUCGGAUAUUACCAUCGAGCUUCCGACUCGGUUCGACGGGCACCCAGACUACUUCCGGAACGGUGCGCCGAUCGAAGCAUUCUUUCAGCAUUCAAUCCGGAUGCGCCAGAUCGGUUUGGACAUCCGCAGAUUCAAGCUGGGCACGCUGGACGAUAUGGGCAGCCAGUCAGCCUCGCAAUUACAUGCCAGGCUGGAUGAGUGCCUCGUCGCUGCUCCAUCGGCUAGCCAAGCUGCCGAGCGCUCAGAGCCCAUGACGGGGGAUGCCUGGUUCGAUCUCAGCUACAACGUCUACCUCACCGACCUGUAUCAACCUUCGCCAGGACGGAGCCACACCCCAACACAGAUGCUGCGAGACCUGCGUGCCUCGGCUUGGCGAGCGUUAUCGAUCUAUGCCGAGCUGUGCGAGCGAAAGAUGGUCCUCGAGAAUUACGCCGUGUAUCAUCAGCUCGUCAACCUUGGCGUGACCAUCGUCUUCUGUGUCACACGUUACGAUGGCCAGAUCGACUCGAUGCUGGAUCCGGAGUGGUGUAGGCAUGCCCGCGACCAGGUCAACUUUGCCAGCGACUUUGUCACUGGCUUUUGCAAGGGCUGGCCUUAUACGAUGACACUCUCGCAAGCCUUCCAUGCCCUCUGUGCGCAGUGUAUCCUCCAGGUACCUACCUACACGACUGCUCCCACUAUCGCGUCCCAAUCAUUCACAGCUGGGUCCGGCUCCGGGAACGCGCUCCACGUACAUGCUCCCCAGCAUCCCGACGGCGAGACGAUAUCUGGCGGACAGGAUCCCUGGUCGCUGUGGAACCUCAGGGGGGUGCAGUCGUUACCGGGGCCGGACCCUGGCCUUUCAGACUCCGACGCGAAUCGCAGUCUGGAUGAGCUGUUGGCGAUGUUUGGUAUAGACGCGGCAUCGCUGUCAGCAGAUAACAUGUCUAUGGAUAUGUAG